AUGUCAACUCACCUGCGCCCGGAGGAGUCCCAGCUCAUCAAGGACCAGCACUGGCUCUCAAAGACGUCACUAAAGAUUGUACGAUCAACGGUGUACAACGCGCCGUCAGAUCCCUCCAUCUCUGUUCGAAGCUGGAAGCUAAACGAGUUCAACCGUGAACUUCAAUGUGGAGAUGACUCUAAGGGAGAGCCAAAGUACCAAAUCGUAGCUCGAGGAUACGAUAAGUUUUUCAACAUUGGAGGUCCCGUGGACCGAUACGAAGGGAAGAAUGGAAAAUCCUCAGGAAAAGACAACGUGCUGACAGCCGACGUCAAAGCCUUUGGAGUCGCGUGAAAGAAGAAUGGAGCGAAACGUUGUCCGAGUCGGCAAGGAACACGAGUCCGGCAUGAAUGAACUAUGUAACAAACGGGCAUUCACGAUAACACUGUCUCUCAGCUCGGCUCAGACAGACCGCGACUCGGAAGCACUCAUCGUCUUCCUCCGCACAGAGACGAAGCCAAAUCACUUUUCGAUGACAUCGUCUCCCCAAGAGUUGACCAAUCUAGUCCUCGUCCCAAAUCUGCGCGCUGCAGGAUCGACAGAACCUCGAGAAAUAAAUCCACGCGCAGCUCGAUGGAGCUCCUCGAGAUCAUGCAAAGAUAGAUAUUGAGUGGAACACGAGCAAGGAGCGCGUGAGCUCUUGGAUGAAUGGAGUCGCGUAUCUUCAGAGGUCUGUGCAUGAUUCAUCUCCCCUAGACUGACCAUAG